UACGGGCUGUCGAGCUCUGCUCCGCGAGGCUGCCCCAGCACCCGGCACGUGCGCAGCGCACCAUGGCGGCCUCAAUUACCAGCCCGGAGCUCGGCCAGAUUUCAGAGCAGGUGAAAAUAGACCUGUUAUUAGUCGGGGACCUCACCGUGGGCUGCCUGGCAGACAGCGUGCAGCAGUUCUUUUCCAGCGCCUCCGAAGUCACCAUCACCAUCAGUGACUUGAAAAAGGCAGCCAUGCUCUUGAAUGAAUGCACGUUCAACAUGGUUUUCCUCAAGAUGGCUUCUUUCCUAACCGCUGAGGAGGUCGAAGCUGUCAAGUUAAUUAGAUUUGGCAAGAAGAAAAGUGCACACGUGCUGUUUAUUUUUAUAGUUCCUGAAAAUUCUUCAGGUUGUAUUUCAGGACAUGGAGCUGAUAUUACUUUAAAUGAACCAUUGACAAUGGAAAAAAUGAGUAUUGUGAUAAAAUACUGGAAGACAUAUUUCUCAAAUACAGUUAGGAGUGAAAGUGCUAGGAGGCCUGAGGAGCCCGGAUUGUCCCUGAAGAGAUGCUGCAGUGAACCCCCGGGGUAUUUUUCUCCUGAUCUGUUUACCUGCUCUGAAUCUCUAAGAAAUGAUAUUGAACUUGAAUUAAAGCCUCCUUUGUCAGAUUUUGAGAAAAACAAAAAGAUUUCUUGUCUUCAUUCAAGCAAAGAAAAGCUGAGAAGAGAGCGAAUCAAGUAUUGCUGUGAGCAGCUGCGUUCUCUGUUGCCUCAUGUCAAAGGGAGAAAGAAUGACGCAGCUUCCAUUCUGGAAGCAACCGUUGAUUACGUGAAAUAUGUCCGGGAGAAGAUCCCGCCAGCUGUCAUGAACCAGAUUACAGAAGUCCUUCAGAAUAGUAGGAGAUUUUCUAAGAAACAAAUGCCCACUCAGCUGUCCUUCCCAGGCUCAGUCAUGGCACAAAGGGAAAACAGUGUACUGACAAACAAUUUCUCACCCAUGAGAAGCAUCAAAUUCCUGGCCAAUAAGUGCUUGAAUGUGUAUCCUGCUGAGGCUGCAGAGGGCUCCUUGGAUGAAGCUGUGAGAGGUCUGUCAAGCUCCACUGCAGAGAAUGCUGUUGGUGAUCUGUGUAAAACUCGAAUUCCGAGCACAGCGCUCGCUCUCAAUUCCUUCCAUGCUGUCAGUUAUUAUUCUAAAGUCAUCCCUUCCUAUGAUGCAGCUGCCGUAGCAAAUCAGAACAUUUCAAUUAAUUUGCCAUCGGCUGUCCCCAAAGUCUCCAAGUUUAUUCCUCAACAUUGCAAUUCUGUGUUGGACCAAACAUGCACAACCCAUUCCAACUGUCUGGGCUGCUUUGUAGGGAUCCAGAACAUCCAGAACCAGUGAGUGUGGCUGUGCCUCUGCUGGAGCUUCCGUGACCAGAUGCAACCUGAUUUUCUGUGGAGCUGACUGCCCCUCCUGUCUGCCGACUGUGACUCAGAGCUUCUAGGAUGCCACAUCUCUUCACCACCGUCAUCCUCCUCUGUCUCCGUAACUGGCUGCUGCUUUCUCACUUGGGCGGCAGUUGUCCUCACCCAUGAUCAGAAUCUGUGUUUCUAGUCACCAACCUGAAUGGGGAUAGCACACGUCCUCAUGUUACAGAUGUCCAUUGAAUACUGCACUACAUUCUGGCAUCAUGUGUACUCCAUUGUGCUCAGAAUGUAGUAUGCAAAUACACACAUGAUCAUUGCCCUCAGUAAGUGCAGACAUAGAAGCAGGCAAUUGUGAUACGGAUUGCAGCAGGUUGGAGUGCAUGAUUUUAUAUGAUCCACUCUUGGGAAAGAGUGGAGACUAGUUACCUGUGGAGGACAUGCUGGCUCGUUUAAAGACCACAGAGCCAACUAGAAGCUUCAGAGUCACAAUCAGGGAAGGAAAGAACAUUCUAGUCUGAUGGAGCAGUGUGUGUUAAAUAGAGGCAUCCUAAUUCUCUGGAAGAACUGUCCAGUUCUAAUGAAACACCUAAGUCAGAUUGGCUCAUUUGAAGUACAUUUUUGGUAGCCCUAUUAUAACCACUAGUGUUUUUGUAUGUUAGUAAUAGCUAACAUGUUGUGAGUACUCGGGAAGUAAUAUGCCAAAUACUGU